GUAGAUGUACUUGCCUGGAAAGGGUCAUUUAAGAUUAUCCACAAGAAGCUUAACUAUGAGUGCUGUCAAAAGGUGGAAACCACAAUACUUUGACAUAGGUGUCAACUUCUCGGAUCCGAUGUUCCAGGGCCUUUAUAACCACUCCACCACUCCAAAACAUCCACCCGAUCUUCCCCAGGUGAUCCAAAGAGCUCAUCUCUUUAACGUUUCGAAGAUGCUAGUAACCGCCUCUACCAUCAAGGAGAGCCAAGAGCACUUUGAAUUGUGCGACCAGUUUCCCAACGACUUCUACUCAACAGUUGGUGUCCAUCCCUGUACUGUAGCGGAGGAAUUCUAUAUUGGCGACCAGUUGUCACCGCAGAGCGACGAGAAAUUGGCUCAAAUUAAGAAUUUGGUGGAAACCGGUGUACAAAGAGGUACGGUAAAAGCAUUCGGCGAGAUCGGGCUUGACUACGAUAGACUUCAUUACUCCUCGAAGGAACAGCAGAUCACCAUGUUCAGAAAACAAUUGGAGGUGAUUGCGUCAUUAAAGCACUUGGAACUUCCAUUGUUCCUCCACAUGAGAAAUGCGUGUGAAGACUUCAUCGAAGUGUUGAGACCAUUCAUAGACGAUGGAAGUAUUGAACGAGGAAACGGGGUGGUUCACUCGUUCACGGGUACAGAGCAAGAACUUGAAAAGUUGUUGCAGUUGGGAUUUUAUAUUGGCAUAAAUGGUUGUUCUUUGAAAUCAGAGGAAAACUUGCAGGUGGCUCGGUUGAUUCCAAAACACAAGUUGAUGAUAGAAACAGAUGCUCCAUGGUGUGAAAUCCGAAAGAGCCACGCCGGAUACAAGUAUCUAACUCCGUACCCCAACAAGUUCUUUCCCGAGACUCAAACGCGACCACUUGAAACUCACACAGAACCACUAGAACCUAACCCUGAGCCUGUGGUGGGCAAAACAAAGCAGCAGCCGACCAAGAAGCAGCAGCCCAUCAAGAUGGACGACUUUCUCCCAUUUCCUUCAAUCAAAAAGGAGAAUUUCGAAAAAUACCAAGCUGCUGCUGCUGCAUUACAACCGCACGGACACAAUGGUUCUGAUAGAAUAGGCCAACUUGCUAGUCCGCUUUUCAAAUCUAGAAAUGAACCGGUGUUUGUGGGCUUGGUGGCAGAAAUUCUUUGUAAGUUACAUGGGUAUACCACAGAUGAAGAGAUCGAAACGUUUAUAGACUCGGUUUACCAAAACUCGUGUAAACUAUUCAAGGUGUAAUUUAUCAGUGUAUAUUUUACAUUAUUUAUACAGGUAGAAUAUUGUACAAUAACUAGAAGGUCAGAAUCUGUUUCUAAGUCGUCUGGUGGGUGUUGCUGGAGGAGAGUUCAGCAUGAUGAACCUUCCAGACUUUGUGCCAUUUUCACUUGACGGCAGCAGUUGGCUCCUUUUGGGUUGAGGAGUAUCAAAGCUCACCGACUCAAACUGGGGAAACUCCGAGUGCAAGUCGUCUUCGUCAAAAAAUAUGUUGGUAUCGGUUAUGGCAUCUUCAUACUCGGUAUCGUCUGUCUGUGAGAUGAGCCCAUAGGCAUUGAGAGGUUCAUCAACUCCACGGUGGUGAGGUUCAAUUUCUUGGUG